GUCGCGAGAUCCGCGGCUCGAUCUUUCCGGGAGAUGCGGAAAGCCGCGCGAGUCGACGGCGACUUCUGGCCGGAACGACCGUCUCGAGGCGGAGUCGCGGAUGACCGUCCGGGCGUCGAGGUCGAAGGGGAGGCUCCCGACGGAAGGAGGUUAGGGUCCCAGAGGAGCCCCUGCGAUACUCUUGCGUCUCUUUUGCAGCAGGGUUGCGGGCAGUUCAGACAUGGGAAGUGAGCAUUACUGCCUGAGGUGGAACAAUCAUCAGAGCAACUUGCUGGGGGUGUUCAGUCAGCUGUUGGAGUCGGAGUCGCUGGUGGACGUGACGCUGGCGUGCACGGAGGGACCCUCGAUCCGGGCCCACAAGGUCGUCCUUUCCGCGUGCUCCAGCUACUUCCAGGCGCUGUUCCUCGACCACCCGAACCGCCACCCCAUCGUCAUCCUGAAGGACGUCCGCUUCGCCGAGCUGCGCACCCUCGUCGACUUCAUGUACAAGGGAGAGGUCAACGUCGAGUACUGCCAACUCUCCGCUCUCCUUAAGACCGCCGAGAGCCUGAAAGUCAAGGGCCUGGCGGACAUGACCAACAUCAACGCGGCGGUGGCCAGCAGGGAGGAGCAGCACCUGGCGACGGGGCCCGAGGGCCUGCGGGAUCGGGAACACCGGGACCGCGAGAAGGACAAGGACCGGGACCAGAGGGACCGCGACCCCAAGGACUGCGAGCAACCCCCGCAGCUGCAGCUGCAGCCCCAGCUGCGGCCCCCCAGCGAGGCCGCCGCCGCCGCCGCUGCUGCCGCCGCCGCCGCCGCCGUCGCCGCCUCCGACGCCGCCGAUCUCAUGGCCGAGUGCCCUGCCUCCCCCGCCGCCGGACCCGGCCCCCUCGCCCUCGACCGGCCUAGGAGGGACUCCGACGACGCUGCCAGCCUCGAGGAGACCAGAGGCUCCCUCAGCCCCGUCUCCGUGCACAGCGGGCCCAGCGACAUGAGCCUCAGCAACAACACCGCCGCCCCCGGCGUGCUGCCUCUCAGCCUGCCCCAGAGCCGGCUUCCGUCCCCCCACAGCACGGAACCCCUCGCGGGCCCCUCCGGCCUGCCCCCGGUGCAGCAGGUACCCCUGUCGCUGAAGAAGGAAGUGGACUGGGAAAGGUCGACGGAGGAGCGGAGCGCCAGCAGCGAAAUCUCCACCGACUACAGACUUCCUCCGGAUCCGGUGUCGCUGGCGCUGGGGCUGGAGGCGGGCGGCUGGGGGGCGCUGGUGGAGCGGGCCCCGACGCCGACCGGAGGCGGCGGGGGCGGGUCGCCGAGCCUGCUGACUCCCGGGGGCUUCGCGGCGGGGCUGGCGGCCGGGCUGGCGCGGCGCUGCGGCGUCUGCCUGGCGUCCUUCCCGUCGGCGUGGCUGCUGGAGCGGCACGCCCUGCUGCAGCACGCGGGGCAGCCAGGGGACGACAAGCCCUUCACCUGCGAGCAGUGCGGCCAGCGUUACCGCUACCGGUCGGCCUACGUGAAGCACCGGGAGCAGAACCACCGAGCCCGCCUGCCGGCGGACAAGCUGUUCACCUGCGACGUCUGCGGCAUGCAAUUCAGGUACCUCAAGUCCUUUAAGAAGCACAGGUUGAACCACGCCCUGGAGCGGCUGCAGCGGGCCUCGGAGUCGCAGCCGCGAGCCAGCGCGGCGGCCGCGGCGGCGGCCGCGGCGGCCGCGGCGGAGCGCAGCGACCAGGUCUCCAGCACGGGCGAGCCCUCGCAGGCGGAGGCGGCCGCCGACGCGGAGGAGGCCGCCGCCAGGGGCGCCGACGCGCUGGAGGCCCUCGAGACCUCCCUCGAGACCGCCAGCCUGCACGAGGGCCAGGAGUCCGCGGAGGGCCCUCGUCCGGCCGAGCCGGGGCCCGCCCGCGCCACCACCAGCGAGCCCGGCGACCCCGCCGACCCCGCCGACCCCGACCCCGACGACGAGCGCGAGCCCGCCGACCCCGUCCUCGGCCUCCUGCGCGGCCACGACCCCGACCGCCGCGAGAGGCGCUUCGCCUGCCCCUUCUGCGGCAAGUGCGUCCGCUCCAAGGAGAACCUCAAGCUCCACGUGCGCAAGCACACCGGCGAGCGGCCCUUCGUCUGCCUCUUCUGCGGCCGCGCCUUCGGCGGCAAGAGCGACCUCACCAGGCACCUCAGGAUCCACACCGGCGAGCGGCCCUACCACUGCGAGAUGUGCGGCAAGUGCUUCGCCAGGGCGGACUACCUCUCCAAACACCUCACCACGCACAUACACCAACGUUAGGGCACCCCCCUGCCCCGGGACCCCUAGACCUCGGGUUCCUCGUCUCUCCUCGCCCGGAUGACUAGGACCGCCGCCGACGAGCCGGUCAUCGGGGAUGGAUCUCCAUGGACGAGAGGGCUCCGAACCGUGGCCCACCAAAGACGCGUCAAUUACCGGCGACCGGAAGUCCCGCACCAGAGAGAUUUGCUACGUUAUGCUAGUGAGAAUCAUUUGUGAUAAGGAUCCCGAAACCAAAGAGCGCGACCACGACGAGGAUUUAUACCUGCAAUAGGAUCGGUUCCUUCGGUUCUUCUUCGAGUUUGCGUCUUCCCUUCGCCGCUCUACUGCAUUACCUUCCGCCGCUGCCGGCAUUUACCCCGUUAUGCUUUAGGGGUAGGAAUAUUGGAUCCAUCGUUGCGUCUUUUAAGGCGAGACGAGGAGUGACGGCGCAUCGGCGAAAGGAGAACUUCCGGUCACGACUCGUCGCGGAGGCGGCGGAACGCUUCCGGUGCUGUGAUUUUAGUCGUUAUUAACUCUGACGGAGAGUACCGUUCCGCUGUGUUGACGAUUCGUUACGUUCAGAGGUAACUUCGUUGUCUUAAACGGGAUAGAACCGCUGCCUCUGCCGCGACCGACGCCGACGCCGACGCGAAUACCUGGCCGAUACCGCGUCACCGGGCCUGCGGAAUACUUCCGACACUGUGAUUUUAGUCAUUAUUAGCUCCGAUGAAGAAGGCCGUUCCGCUGAGUUGGCAGUAUCUUGCGUUGAAGAGGAACCUCGCCGUCCCGACCGACUCGCGCACCCCUUCGAACGGUCCACGCGUCCCGGCCAUUUUUUGCAGACCGCGAGGUAACGCGUCCAAGCUUUUUCAACCUACGUUAACCCCCUCCGGAGUUGGACGAGCGCGAUGCGUCGUCAUUCCGUCGCGAAGGGUCAAAGGUGCCGUUUCGAUGUUCGAGCGUCGGACCUCGCGAUGGAGGAGGUCGAGCGAGAAAGUGCCCUCUUCGAAGCCCAGGCUCGUCGAGGACGCCUCGUCGUGAACGCGACGGCCAUUGGGAGCGUCUUGGGGUCAAACGUCCUCCUCGGAAGGACGAAACGAGAUUUCGGAUGAUUCCGGAAGGUCCUGGAAGAUUUUGGAAGAGUCGGCGAGAAGGGUGCCGCGCCCAGCGCGAGAGGUCGUUUCCGGGCCAAUCGGGUCACUCGAUCGCGACCUCCCGUCCAACUCGCGCCGAUGCCGGAAUUGAGGUUAGAAUUUGUACAGUUAAUUUUCAAUUUCGAUCCACCCGACGCUCUGGGUGACGCUCGACGGACUCGGGGGCACUUCGACCUAAAAUCGGUCUCGGCUCGCCGUUUCCUGUCCGUAAACCCUUGCGACUCCUGGCGUUGGCGUCGCCCUCUCGGCCGGCGCUAAACAAUUCCGUGGCGCCUGGUGUACGACGUUUUCGACCAUUAAUCCGGCUUAAAACGUCGCUCGCCGUUGUCGGCGACGCCAUCUUGUUUUGCCGGAAACAAGACUUUCAUCCCGGCUUUAUUCGUCGAGGAGGAAGCUCCGAGAUCGGCUUUGCGUAAAACAUUUUUUCCGAUGUUGUUUCUUUAAUCGCCUCGACUGAUAAUGGGAGAUACGUGUUAUUAGGGGGAGCAGGGAGGGAAGGAUCCAUUGACAUCGUCAAUUAGAUAGAAACGCGGCAAUUUCCCCGAGGGACGCGAGAAGUUGCGUCCGGUGCAGGGGAAAAGGUAUAUUAAAUUCUCUACGGCCAACUGAAACGUGUCCCUCGAUCCAGGAAGUUGUAUGUACAUGGAAUCUUCUCAGAACUGCAGAUGAAAUUUCAGCUCGACCAGCGAUAUAAAUUUCAAGCGAAAUGCAACUAACCCCUGCUUCUAAAUACAGUGUGAAUCUAGCGGCGCGGUCGUUUCUGCUGACAGAGCUUCUUCGGUUCGCCAGAUCAGCUUCGUUCGAAACUGAGUCUUAACAUUUGAAACGGUCACUUAACCGCCCUUGGCAUGGAAAAAUCCUGAUGGCGCUUUGGCGUAACCUCCUCAGAAAUCGGGUCUCGAGGAAGGAGGAAAGAUCUCGGAGCUUCCUUUUCAAGGCGUCUUUUUAAACGACCGUCUCCAAAGGAGGAACGACUAACUUUCGAGUAAUGCCAUAAUUCUCAGCCAGAUAUUCAAAAUGGCCGAUCGUGCUCGGACUUAAAAGGCGGAGAACGAAAAUUCCGACAACCCUUAUCCGAUCUCCCUUUUUUUAACGGAAACUUCCUCGACGGGUCACCCUUAAAAAUACGAGACACCUAUUAAAAAAUCCUGUCCCAGAAUAUGGAAACACUUAAUAGUAUUUUACAGAAGUCUUGAAACGGGAGAUUAUCGAGAACCUCUAACCUCAAAGUACGCGCACGAUCGGCUUAAAGAAAUGACAAUCGAAUUGCGUUAAUCGUCGAAUCAUGGGUACAAACUAACAUUUAUCCUGCUUUUCCUUAUCCAUCCCGGUUUUUCUCUCUCCGCAAUUAUGACCUGAGUAAAAAUACGGUAAAACUCGGACGGAGGCGUCUCGGCUUCGGUUCAGAUUUUAGCAUUAACACGCCACCGGGGGUGUAUGAUAAACUAGCGACUGGAUUCCGAAAUUCGUACGAACUAAAGGACUUCCGUAACGACGGCCAUAAAAGUACUCGGUACUUACCGGCGCGUAAUUUCCGGCCUAUGCGACUGCUGGUUCCACGGUGCUCCAAAUUCCGGACAACACGAUACAUUCCCAAAAGUAGCAGACAUCUCCUCUAAUCAUCCUCCAAUUAUCUCGAUUUCAUCUGAAAUCACAAUAUGUAUAAAAAAAAAUUAAAUUCCAUCACGAAUGGCAACUAACGCUUAAUCGUAAAUUGGAGGAGAAGUAAAUUCUAAAAUGGCUAAAAUAUCUUUUCCUUCCAAUCGAGGGAAUGUAUCGUCCAUAUGACACCGAGUUACAUGGUAUAUCCGGUACCACCGCGCCAUGAUAUGAUAACACAUAAAAAAUACCAAGUCGCAUCUUCCACGUCGAACGAGCACGAUCGCCAAUGUCCAACGAAGCGCGCAUACUCCUCUUACGGAUAUUUAGAUUUAACGGAUAUUCGCUAUUGUACAUUGUAUAUCUGUAGAUAUAUAUAUAUAUACAUGUACGUGUACAUCCAUAUACAUAUAUACAAGCGCGCUCCGAAGUGCGUCAAGACCGGCCCACUCGUCAACGAUAUUAAUGUACAACGACAGCAACGAUAAACCCGCCCGAUAUAACGAACGCGAUCGUGCGUAAGCAAAGGACGUCCCGAGCGUCGCGACGCCGCCACGUCCUAGAAAAUUCGCGAGUAUUUUCCACUUUUGCGGGAGUCGCGGCGCCCGGGACUCCUGCGACGCUCCCACCGCCGAUCGGCCGUCCUUAAAUAAUAAUUACUCGCCCAUAGAUCGAUCGAUCAAAGAUCGAUCGAUCCCCCGCAGCGAGUUCACCGAAGAUCCAGGCGUCACGGAAUCCAUGGGCAUUU